GAACAUUUGAAAAGUAUUUGUGGGUACAAAGUAUAAAAAAAAUAGAUUUAAGAGGAAAAAUAGUUAUUUAAUAGGUCAAAAGUAUAGAAGAAAAAAUCAAAGUCAUCGCAUCAAUGUCAGAAUCAAUCAUAACUGAAUCAUUGAACAAGUUAUCGGUCCAAGAGACUCCAAACCUAAGCACCUUAGAGCCUAGAAACCCAGACCAUAAUCCCUUAAAGAUCCUUAAGACUAUCAGGGCCACCCAUGGAAGACCGGCUUAUAUUGCCGGACCCAUGGUUAGAUACUCAAAGCUCCCAUUUAGAGAACUCGUUCGUAAUUAUAACACUGAUAUAGUGUAUACACCCAUGAUUCUUGCAAGAGAAUUUGUGAGGAACGAUGUUGCUCGGUUAUCUGACUUCACGACAAACUCGCGCGAUAGAUCUGUCAUUGUACAAGUUGGAGCCAACAAUGUUGAAGAUCUUAUGAAGUUUGUAGAUAUGAUCCACCCAUAUGUGGAUGGUAUUGGGCUCAACUGUGGGUGUCCCAUCAAGGAACAAGUCCGUGAAGGUAUUGGUGCUGCGUUGAUGUCGGAACCGGACUUGGUGGCACUGAUGGUCAAGAGUGUCAAGGACAAGUAUGGGUCUUCGGUAUGUAUUGAGACUAAGAUUCGUAUCCAUAAAGAUAUCCAGGAAACAGUUCGAUUUGUACACAAGGUUGAAGCUGCCGGUGUGGACUUCAUCACUGUACAUGGACGUACAAAGACUACAAGAUCUUCACAACCAGCUGACUUUGAUGCAAUCAAGAUUGUGAAAGAAGCAGUGAGUGUACCAGUGGUUGCUAAUGGGGAUUGUUUCUCGCUUGAAGACGCACAUCGUAUUGCCGAAUACACCGGUGUAGAUGGGAUUAUGGCUGUAAGAGGGAUCCUUAGUAACCCAGGACUCUUUGCAGGGCAUGAGAAUACUCCUUGGGGCGCGGUGGAAAUAUUCUGGGAUUUAGCUACCAGUUAUGGUUUACCCUUUAGAAUCACACAACAUCAUUUGUCUCAAAUGCUAGACAAAGUUAUCCCACGGAAGCAACUCAAGGAAAUGAACGAGUGUAAUACCUUGAUCGACAUGGUCGACUGGUUCGACUCGAACUUCAUUUUGAGAAGACGUGGAGAUAAAAACUUUGGAACUUUGGUAGAACCAUCUCACAAGAUGAAUAGAGAGUUUGAAGCUCACAUAUAGAUUAAUAAUAAUUCGAACAAAUGCAUACACUUUUAUAUAUUUUACAUUCCUCUAUUAUACAUAAGUUCUAUACAUAA